GCUGAUUACGUCAUUCUCGGGAGACGAUGUAGCUAAACAUCGUUGCUAACAUGGUUAGCUGUGUUAUCAGGAGCAGCGCAGUGUUUUGAGGGUGACGAUGAUUUCAGUCAGCUAUAUUCUGCUGUGCGGACAGUUUCUGCUGCUGCUGACCGUCAUACUGCUACAAUGUCUGGAAGGAAUCCACUCCCAGAACUCGUCGACCACGGAGACUCCUGCCUCCUCUCCGGGUCAGGGAGCUACCGUCCUCCCCUCCAGCGAGCAGCCGGAGGUCGUCAAAUAUGAACCGACGGACAGUUCAAACUACACGGAGCUCUAUGAGUACAGACCUCCGUCCCCGGUGGUCCUCUGCAGCUUUCUACCCGAGGAGUUCAUCUACUGUCAGGACCCUGUAGACCAUGCAGGAAACUACACCGCCUAUCAGGAGAUGGGCCACGGCUGCGUUGGGUGGGGUGGCCAGACUCAGAAAGAGGUGAACCACACACCAGUUAUCUGCACAGCACUGGAUGAUAUAGAAUGUGCUGGACCGAGAGAAUUCCUGAGCAGAGGAAAUGUUCCCUGCAUCAAAUAUACUGGACACUACUUCAUCACCACACUGCUGUACUCCUUCUUCCUCGGUUGUUUCGGGGUCGAUCGUUUCUGCCUGGGCCACACCGGCACCGCCGUGGGGAAGCUGCUCACCUUGGGAGGCCUGGGAAUCUGGUGGUUUGUGGACCUGAUCCUGCUCAUCACUGGCGGCCUGAUGCCCAGUGAUUACAGCAACUGGUGUACGUACUACUGAGACGACAGCAGCGUGUGACACUGGCCACUUCCUGGUCCAACAUGUAUCUGUUUGUUCUGGAGGAGUCCAGGGAUGCUGCAGUGGUUCUGAGUCCACAGGCUGGCUUGCGGCAUUGAGUGGAGUCCAUGGACCUCCUGAGGGCCCUUUCAGAUUUCCCAGAAGCUCCUGUGGGCUCCUACAGGGUUCCCAAGGGCUUGAGAGAAAAAUUAGGAAUAAUUUGCUGCAUUUAAUUUAACUCACUUGAAUUUGCCACUUUUCAGGAUGCAUAAGAAUAACUGUUGGACUCCCAGCUUCCACCAGAGCAGCAGCGAUGACGGUUCUUCUUCUGUCUGAUAAAUUGUCACUUUGACGUUUCUAGUUUGAUUCGUUUGAUCUGGAUUCUGAAGAACCAACAUAUUAUUGCCUUUUAGUACUCACGUUGCAUUAUUUAUAGAUUGUUACAGAACAAACCAACACAGCCCCACAGUCCAUAACAGUUUAAUGAUCUUACCCCAGAAACCAACAAGGACUCUACAGCUGAAAAGAAUAAAGUAGUUGUUUAAGCACAAAGGCCAAUCACUCAACAUCAUUUGUGUCUGAAAGGAUACCUAAAGCUUGUAUUAACUGAAAUGAUAGUGAUUAGACGUGAGACCUUUGAGGCCCUGGGGUUCUGGGUCCUCUAGGCCUACCUGGUCAGGUGGGUGUUCCAGCUCUGCCCAAUGAUAAGUUCCCUAUCGGUUCGUGUGGCUUCAUGCUCAGUGCUCUUUGUUGGUUUGUAAAAGCCAGAAUGAAUGCUACCAGAUCAGGACUAACGUCAGUCAGUUUCUGUCUUUAUAUGUUUUUUUUUCUUGGUUCAGAGUGAGUAAUCUAAAAUUUGUUGGUAAUGCGUGGUUUCCACAUCUGUAUAUUCACAAGGAUGUUCAUUUCACCAUCCUCUCAUGUUCAUGAAGCUCACAUUAGAUACUACAGACAGCCUGCACAGAAUGCACGUCACGCUCUGAAUGUAUCCCAUAAUGAUUGCACUGUAUUCCACCUGUUGUUGCUGAGCAUUACACUCACUGAUUUCUCAUUUUGUCUUUUCUUGUUUUCCUGCCAAACGCGUUAACCAAAGCAGCCCUCCGUUCUGCUGUCAGAGAUUGUCGUGUUGUUUUUUAGUCUGCAUGUGUGGAACCUGUGUGUUCUGCAGCACACGUGAGUCUGCAGCUGUCUUUGGGCACAGACAUGGAAGUGGAAGCCAUGAACUAGUCGGUACAACGUGUUCCUGAAGUGCAGAUGUUAGCAUGUCAGGAGUCUGUAGCCUCAGGGUGGGAGCUAGGCUCGUCUCCUGGGAGGUUUGUGGAUGAAUGUCGAUGUGAAAUAACAGAAAAUGCAGUUCAGUCUGGAUGUAAAUUUGAAUCUACAUUUUAUGCAGCUCAUUCCACACACAGUUCAGCACAUCUGGGAUUUAGCUGACCAGUUAGAACCCUGAGCAGUGAUGUGAGAGCCACGCCUACUUGUCGACCGUUCGCUCACCUCUUCUAGUUUCUUCCACUUCCAGCUGUGCUUAGACUGAUUAACAGUGGAGCAAGCAGGAACACGAGGCUGAAGAUGGAGCGCCGUCACAUUUGUCACACUGACGAGACGAUGAUUUAGUGGUUUUCCGUAUUGAGUCGACAAACGCUUUAAGACGGUGCAAGCAGCACAUUCCUUUCUAAAAAACCCACAAAUCACUGCUGUGGGAGCAGUCACCUCCUCUACAUUCAGCUGCAGAGCCCGAUCCGUUCAGAUGUCUCAGGCGAAAGCUAAUUCUGAUCUUCACUGAGUUUCUACAGCGAGGCUCAGGUCUCACAUUAAAUAUUCAAUUCUUCAUCUUCCACUUUGUCAAAUUUCUCGCCUUUUCCUGAACUUGAGCUUUAUGUGGUUUUUCAAUGAUAGAGCAGCUUUCAUUACCUGAGGAUCCGUAAAACCCUUUUUAACUGUCAUCGUAAAAGUUGAAGAAGACCCGACCGUCAACGUGUCGACUCUCAUCCAGCAGGAUGCUUUCAGUUGACAGUGUAUUUUCAGCUGGCUAAACACCUUUUGUAGAGUGAAGCAUUAAAACACUAUUUACAUAUUGCAGUUUUCCACUUAGUUCACAGUAGAGCAGGUUAUAUGCUCUUACGGUCCUGUGGAAAGACGUCAACACAGUUUCUCCAGCUACCAGAUCGUUCCUUUAAUCUGAUUCUUUGAUCCAAAUCUAUAUCUGCACAUUGGUACAGAGACAUACUGGGCUCAUGUCUGUUUGAAAUCUUUAAUGUUCUGGAGCCUCUUGACCUUGUAAGAUACUGUAUAUAAUAUUGAUCCUCUAUGGAAUCUUUUGUAUUCUUUGACUUUAAUCCACUGUACUGUUUAUCUAUUUGCCUUCUCUGUUUCAUGUUUCGUGGGGAUAUUAGGGGGAAUAUUCUUCCCUGAGACUAAUUUGGAUUUGAUAAAGUUUCCUUUAGGAGCUCAACUAGCAUGUGUGUCCUGAAUAAAAGUCAAAACAACCUUCCUAUGCUCUGUAGCUUCUUGAUUAAUGUACUGAUGAUGAUGAUGAUGAUGAUGGUGAGGAGGAGAAAUCCAAACUGUCUUAUUUUGUGUCCAUCACUGUUCACAGCCCUUCUGACUCAAUAAAGAGAAUCUGGUA